CGUCCGAAAAGGACGCGAGAAGAGGAAAACAAUAGAUACAUUUUUAAAACAACAGGACACCAUGUAGACGAAAGACAACAAGUUUAAAGAGUGAUUAUCUGUCACACAACGAUGUUAUCUUGGAGAAUUGUGGACAUCAGGAAGCAGGUGUUAAAAACAAGAACUCGGUUAAUGAGUUUUACCAGUUGGAGAAGUGAACUACUAGAAGUUGUUAUUUAUUAGCUAUAAUUUAUGUAUGUAGUUUAUCAGUCUGAACAGCUUUGCAGCGAACUUUUAAGUGCAACAGGUUUGACGAUGGUGUCGUGGAUUAUAUCUAGGGUUAUCGUACUUGUGUUUGGAACACUGUAUCCUGCAUACAAAUCCUUUAAAGCUGUCAAAUCCAAGAAUGUCAAAGAAUAUGUUCGAUGGAUGAUGUACUGGAUCGUGUUUGCUCUUUACACAGUGGUGGAGACCAUCACUGACCUUUCUAUGGCAUGGUUCCCGCUUUACUAUGAACUUAAAGUUGCCUUUGUCAUCUGGUUGCUCACCCCCUACACCAGAGGAGCCAGUCUAAUCUACAGGAAGUUCCUGCACCCUAUGCUGGCAUCCAAGGAGAAGGAGAUUGAUGAUUAUAUAGUCCAGACCAAAGAGAGGAGUUAUGAGACCAUGGUGAAUUUCGGUCGUCAGGGUCUCACUAUCGCGGCUACUGCUGCUGUCUCCGCUGCUGUGAAGGGACAGGGUGCCAUCAGUGAACGCCUGAGGAGUUUCAGUAUUCCUGACCUUACACAGAUCCCCUCUGACCAAUCGGAAAUAUCCAACCCCAGCCGAAGGGCCAUACUGUCUGCUAACCCUAGCUCUGUUUGUUCUGAAGGGGAGGGGCAUGAGGAGGAAACAGAUGGAGUAUUCUCAGAAGAUGAAGCAUCAGUGCAGAAGGGUCUACGCAGAUCUCAGAGUGUGAAAAUCUCUCGUGCCAAAGCAGCCCGCAAAGAGCCUCGAUAUGGAUCUUUGAAGCUGAAACCUAGAAGAAGACCAUUAAUAACACCAUCCACAUUUGACCAUCAUUGAUUGUCCACUACAAUCCUAAAACGGGGAUCAGCAUCAAACCAACAGCUAACUACAGUUUAAACCAUAGUUUAAAACUUCUCAAGUUCCCAAACAUUUCGUAAACUUUAGUCUUGCAUUUCUGCAAGCGAAUACAGUUUUAAAGCAACACUUAACACUGUUGAUUACAACUAUAGCUACAAAAUGAACUACAUACACUAACAGCAAACACAAGGACUUUUAUCUUCAAUAUGACUUACAAAUUAUGAAUAAUACAAUACAAGCAAGAAAAACAAAAUGCAGGUUUAAACUGUCAGUGUUUGUCCCUGUUGAAAUGAGACCCUUGCAUCCUGCAUUAUUUGUACAGACAAAAGCACCAGUACAGAAAGGUCCAUGCUGUUUUCUGGGCAUCCUUUAAAAGCUUAUAGACCUAUAUUAAAUAUUUGUUUUAUUUCUUUUGGUGCUUUCUUUGCAAAGUGUCAUUUUAAAAUGGAUCAGAUGGUGUCUGAUCUGUUUUAACUUGACCUAAACCUGCCUUUAUAGAGACAUCUCUUAUAACACAGAGUGAGUUUCACUGUAGCACAGGGAUCUCUGGUGUUCUCGCUCUCCAUCUACAAGGGCAGGUGUUGAGGUCAGGGUUUCUGUAGUGUGUCCCUUUCAGCUUGUGUUCACUAAUGAAAUGGAACAACUGUCUGGAGAAGUACAAGUGUCAUUGAAUUUGUAAAGCUUCAACACUUCCAAAAAACUGACUUUGCUUGACAUGCUAUCACUAAGAGAGUGCUUCUUAAUGUUUACUACUACUUUUUUUUUUAAUGUUGCUUAACUUGUAUUUGAAUGUAAAACUGUCUUGAAUUUAUAAGUGUUUAUUUGAUUUUAACAGUAUUUUCAAAUAUCAUGCUAGUUUUGUUACUGCCUUUUCUAAUUUUAAUAAAGUAAUGCACUUAAUAAUGUAACAUUUGACCAAACACUCCAACUGCACUGCACUGUGGGAGGGUGGGUCCGAUGUAGGUUGACAGAAGUUAAAUGGAUGGUUCACCCAAAAAAAAAAAAAAUUCUCCAAUCAUUUACUCACUUUGUUAAAACCCCAGUGUUAAAAUCAAAGUCUUUAGAUUUGAUAUGAUAAGUGUGGGUAAAGAAAAAGAAAAGAUCAAUAUUCCUUUUUUACAAUAAAUCUCCAAUUCACAUUCUUCAUGCAUAUUGCCACCUACUGGUUGGGGCUGGUCAAAGGUGGAGAUUUAUAGAAUUUUCUUUUUUGGGUGAACUAUCGCUUGAAACGUGGUUUGUUCAUGUGUAAACAGUGGCAAUUUUUUGAAUAUGUUUGUUUUUAACUGUUUUUCACUCUUGUUUGUGUGUUGGAAAAAUCUCUGAGCAGUUGGGAGUCAUAGAUGUAUGUUUGUGCAAUUGUGAAAACAUGUCGAUGAGAGGAUAUAUUUGCAGGUUUGUGACCAAAAUUUGCCUUGAAUGUGUUAAACCCUUGGCCUUAAAUCAAGAAUAAAGUUUAAAAAGUCUUCUUGAAAACAUGUAUGCAGAUCCUUAAAAAUAUCAUCUUUAAAUGCACUAGGUUAGGAAGUACUUUCGAGUACUUUGACACAUCUUCAUGAUUUAGCCUAAACUUAACUCUUCUUCAGGUCUGAAAGACUGUUUAUUAUUAAUUUAAAUGCUCUAUGCAGCUAUGUACCUCACUAAUUCAUUAGAAUUGGAGAAUGACAUCUUGUUCUUCAUCCCAGUGAUGCUGCUUUUGUUUUAUUUUAUUUUUUUAUUGUCCACAUGGGGCAGUC